CUAUUUCGUCGGUGUAUCGAUCGAGUUCCACUUCAGUCCGUACCGACGCUUGAAAUUCUUGUGCGUCGGUCGAACGAGAGCGGACGCGCGUGCACCGCUCGUCGGAUGACAUCAGUUAAGCGGCCGUCGGUACCACGUCCGUUGGAAACAAUACGCGCUCAGUGUCCGCGGCGUGGCCGGGCUGGGCGCACGAGAAGAUAUGGACGAGGGUCGGUGCGCGACAUGUGACGCCCUGGGGCGCCGCAGCCUCUCCUCGAAGCUGCUGCAGGUGGCGAUCGCGCAGGCGCACAUGAAGAGUUGCUCGCACGCCGCCGGGGCCUCCUCGCCCGAGCAACACGACACGGACCUAGCCACGCGCGCCCUUGCUGCCAAGCGACGGAAAUCCAUUGCCGGUUUCAAACUCAACCUCAGUCAGGAAGCGCAACCGAAACCGCCGAUAACUGUCGAACAAAACCGCUCGCCUUUCGCGCGCCGAAACACGUGGUGCUCCGCAUCGGGCACAAGCGCGGUGGCCAUCGACAAUAAGAUCGAGCAAGCCAUGGAAACACGUCCCAUUCUGCCCUAG